UGUUCUUGAGAAGUUCGCUACAAAUGUAACAAAAAGGUCAAUGAGCGGAAAACGUAUUUUUGGCUACGUUCAUCCUCCAAUCACAGGUGACUUCGUUUUCGCCAUUAGCUCUGCUGACGGUUCAGAGCUCUGGUUGAGUUCAAAUGAUGACCCAAAAAAUUCAAAGAAAAUUGCCUAUCUUGGAGAACCUGGUAACCAAUAUGGAGCCAGUACUCAUUUCGGAAAUUUUCAAGUCAAGGCUUCCCAAGCCUCAGAGGCCAUCAGACUUGAAGUAGGAAAAGCAUAUUAUGUGGAAGUUCUUCAAAAGCAAAAGUAUGGCCAAGAUCACGUGGAAGUUGCGUGGAAAAUGCCAGGGGACGAGAGUCUUGAAAUUAUUGGCUCACAGUACAUCUCCCAGUAUAUAGAUUAUUCAGCCGAGAAAGCAGAAAUCAACGCCAGACUUUUGUGCAUUUGUAAAGAUCACCCAACUUUGCUAUUUGCUUAUGAUGAGUUCAUGACUCGUGAACAGUAUGAUUUGCGGGACGACUUUCAUUCUCGAGUUGAAGAUCUUCCUCACUCCGAAGUCUCCGAUGUCCUUCCGUUGUGUCCCUAUCAACCGUCUUAUGUCGUCUCGAAAAAACUCAAUGAAAAUGAGGCUUUCACUGGAAACUUUAUCCAACAUCCUCGAGUCUUUCCAAACGAUCGAACGGAUGUCAAUAUGUCACAUGACGUUAAAAACCACAUCAGCUGGGGCAAUAAAAAGCUUGAAAAAAAUGACGCUUUGAAAAUUGUAUCUUCUUACAUGGAAGCCCUCGCUAAGAAGAAAGGGGACAGAUUCGUUCUGAAGGAGAUCGUCAACGUGGAAGCAAAAGAUGAUCCUAAGAAAGGAACCCGUUAUUUGCUAGAACUGGAACUCCUGGACAAAUACAAAGAACACUCUGUUCGUUUAUCAGAAUACGUUUACAGACCCGUAAAAAACAACACGGAUCUUUGUGACCCAGACGGCUUCCAGUGGAAAAGAAAUGUCACAGUUUCCAUGGUGAUAACAGUUAAGAACUAUGGACCAUGGAUCAAAUUUCUAAUAAAUCAAUUAACUCAGAUUUACGAGAAAGGAUAUGACAGUAACUUCUUCCUUGUCAUCGUGGAUUUCAAUAGCAGUGACAUUGAUCUCUUUCAACUCCGAGAAAAUAGUGGAAUCAAAGACCGGGUCGCCAUUCUUCGACAUUUUACUGAAUUUCACAAGACGAGGGCUUUGAAUGACGGAGUACGUUACAUCAAGGAUCCCAACAGUAUCAUCUUUACAGCGGAUCUGCACAUCAAGUUCCCAGUCAAUAUAUUUGACGUCGUAAGAAAGCACGCGAUUCAGGGAAGAAGUUUCUACUCACCCGCAGUUCUCAAGUUGAAAUGUGGUUACUCUAUUACACAUCAACAAGCCUACUGGGAAAUGAUGGGUUAUGGUUUGUUUGGGGCUUACAAGUCGGACUGGGACAGUUUUGGAGGAAUGGACGAAGUCAAAUUCACCACACGAUGGGGCGGUGAAGACUGGGAUCUAAUGGACAGAGCGAUUGGUGCUAAUUUAGAGGCUGAAAGAUUAAGACUUCCAAAGCUGUAUCAUUAUCACCACGAAAGGAAAAGCGACUGGUAUGAAUUUGCGCGAAUGUAACCAACAAAAGAAGCUGGAAUUUGAAAGACGAGACGAAAGGCGUUUCUUGACCCAACCCUUCGGCAACUGAUGGAUAAUGGAGCAGUCCGUACUGUGUAAUUAUAGUUAAUCAAAUUCAACUGUAGGCAGCCUGUGUUUCAUCUGCGCCAUAAUCGUAGCACUGACAAUUUUGGAGGUUCUUUCAUGAGGAGCUAUAGGCUACGAAUCAAAUCCUGUUUGCGAUAUAAAAGUCGAAAAAGAAAUAGGCUAGGAACAAAUUUAGAUCUUAAAUUAACAAUUCUCGUUUACAAGAA